ACGUGUCGUUUAGCUUAAUUUCGCUAGAGGGCGUUAUUUCAAUAUCUACUGAGCUGGGUACUUGUAAAUCGUAUGUCCAGCUGUGUCCCUUGUUUCAAACGUCUCAAAACCAUUGCAGCGUGUUCAGAGCAAUUGCAACAAGUAGCGGAAAGUCGCUCCUAGGAUGGCUGGUGGUGAGGACCCCUUUGGGUGUCUGAAGUUGGCGUCUCAGGAGUGCCUGAAUUCCCUGGACCGGCGGACGGUGUGUCCAAAGUGUCAACAGUCAAGGAAGUACUUCUGCUACACGUGCUACGUGCUGGUGGCUGAGUUAGAGGGGAAGGUCCCUAAAGUUAAGUUGCCCUUCAAAGUAGACAUCAUUAAGCACCCUAAGGAGGUGGACGGUAAGAGCACGGCCGCGCACGCCGCCAUUAUCGCUCCGGAGGACGUCCGCAUCUACACCUAUCCCAUCAUUCCUGAGUUCUCUGAUCCCAGUAAGGUGGUCAUCGUUUUCCCUGGGUUGAAUGCUCUCUCCCUGGAGGAUCUCAGCAAAAAGCAACAUGGACUAUUAAAGGGGAAGGACAAACCCCAGAACACAGAAAAAACACAGACAAUAACACCAGAAAGCACAGAUACAGAAAACGGCAGAGAAGAAAAGCAGGAUAAUACGGCAGCACAGGAAGAGGAUGUUGAGAAACAGAGCGGUGAAGUUCGAGAGCCACCGCUGAAAAAGCAGCGUACAGAGGAGCGAGUAUCUGCGCCGUUUGAGCGUGUGAUCUUUAUUGACAGCACGUGGAACCAAACACACAGGAUAUUCACGACGAACGACUCAAAGGUAAAAGCACAGAUUGAUGCCUUGUUAAGUCUCCAGUGUGUUAUCCUGAAGAACCACAUCACACACUUCUGGCGCCACCAGCGCGACAAACCGGACACCUUUCUCGCCACGGUGGAAGCCAUCUACUAUUUCCUGCGGGAGUUUCACGACAUCUUCGUCGGCGUGGUGUACGAUGGUAGAUACGACAACCUGCUGUACUUUUUCUCCUUCAUGUUCCAGAUAGUCCAGAAAAGCAAGCAGGAGAAAGGCAGACUAAAGGAUAACAAAGAUCCUUAGAUUUGUCAUGGUAGCUCAUCUGUGUUGGUAGUUAUCAUGGUACAAUGCUUUCUUUCAACACAAAGGUAUAUACGGAUCGAAUUUUCAACGACCACUGUCACCUUCUUCAGGAUCAAUACUGAUGACCAAUCACUUCAGGAAGUAAACUCAUGAGAGUUACGGACACGUGAUCUCAUUAUCACAUGAUCUUGCAGAUAAAAGGCAGACUAAAGGAGACUUGAGAAAUUAAUCUUUUUUAAGUUAUGUAGGCCUCAGACAGAAAUUUGCUUGCUGGAACGAAAAAAUCUUAACCCUUCCCUCCGACAAAUCUGAACUUCAUGACUUGAAACUGUCAGAACUACAUAUUGAUCUGAAACAAGGAAGGAAUGGGAUGGAAAAAUAUAUAAAGCCGGAGACCGCCCUAGACUACAGAUGUUUGUAAAAGUUGUUCUGAUUUGUACAAAGCCUCAUUUUCAAGCAAUGAGAUGUGUAGGAAUUUCAUUUUGUAAUUUGGAACGUGAUCAUAAAUGACCUCCUCAAACUUUUAGCUCCUCCAGCACAUGUACAGAUCGCUUACCUCCCAUUCGACCAUUCCUUUUUAUUUCUUUUAGUCGUAGCUUUAGAUAGAUUCUAAUGU